AUGGAGUCGGAAUUUGUGGCAGCGUCUGAAGCUGGACGAGAGCUACUUGGAGUGAGAGAGACGCUAAGUGAAAUUGGUGAGUCGCCUGCACUACCGAUGAAAAUGCUCAUCGACAACCAGGCAGCGAUACGGCAGAUUGAAUGA